GUUAAUGUGUAAUCUGAGAGCAGAAUAAAGUGUUUUUAGUCUGAGCGUCCCGGAGCAGGAACCAUGAGCUACGGUCUGUUCUUCUCUGCUGAAACAUGGGCUCUGCUCAUACUGUUUGUGACACUUCUGUUCAUAUAUGGAUCCUGGCCUCAUGGUGUCUUCAAGAAGCUGGGCAUCCCGGGGCCCAAACCUCUGCCGUUCUUCGGAACCAUGCUGGAAUAUAGAAAGGGUGUUCAUCUUUUCGAUGUGGAGUGUUUCGAGAAGUAUGGACGAGUCUGGAGUAUUUACGAUGCGAGGCAGCCUGUUCUGUGCAUCAUGGACCUAUCCAUCAUCAAAACCAUCCUGGUUAAAGAAUGCUACUCUCUCUUCACCAACAGAAGGAAGACGACGACUGGAGGAGGAUCCGCAGCGUCCUCUCGCCCUCCUUCACCAGCGGGAGGUUAAAGGAGACUAAAAUAUGAAAGAGGCAUUUCCUGGAGCAUUGUCCAGACAUUACUGAUUCAGAUGAGUUGAUGAUGAUGGUGAUAAUAUACUGGCGAUCCUCGCUCUAGAUGUUCGGUAUCAUGAAGACUCACUCUCACACUCUGGUUGAU